GUGCCACCAUGCCCAGCCUACCUCUGACUUCAUUGAUGUAAAAUCCUAUUGGAAAUAUUAGGGCAGCCAUACAGAAAAGGAUGGUUCCAGUGAAUGCUAUCCAUUGAGUACAUUUUGUAGCUUCUCUUCCCCAGUGGGAAGCCACCAGCAAACCACAUGUGACAGUCAAUGAAAUGAUUCCCAUGAUGAUAAAAAACCGUGUGGUGACCCACUCCAGGGGAAGCCCGGGAGAGAUGCACAUCCCGUCUCGUCCAUGGAUUGUUUGGCACUGUCACGUGAGGCCCACGCCAUGGACUUUCCCCAGCACAGCCAGCACGUCUUGGAACAGCUGAACCAGCAGCGGCAGCUGGGGCUUCUCUGUGACUGCACCUUUGUGGUGGAUGGUGUUCACUUUAAGGCCCAUAAAGCAGUGCUGGCAGCCUGCAGCGAGUACUUCAAGAUGCUCUUCGUGGACCAGAAGGACGUGGUGCACCUGGACAUCAGUAACGCGGCAGCAGGCCUGGGGCAAGUGCUGGAGUUUAUGUACACAGCCAAGCUGAGCCUGAGCCCUGAGAACGUGGAUGAUGUGCUGGCCGUGGCCACCUUCCUCCAGAUGCAGGACAUCGUCACGGCCUGCCAUGCCCUCAAGUCACUCGCCGAGCCGGCCACCAGCCCUAGGGGAAACGCAGAGCCCUUGACCACAGAAGGAGGGGACAAGAGAGCCAAAGAGAAGGCGGCCACCAGCACACUGAGCAGGCUGGAGCAGGCAGGACGAAGCGCAUCCACAGGCCCCAGCAGGGACCUCAAGGAGGAGCGCGGCGGCCAGGCCCAGAGUGCGGCCAGCGGUGCAGAGCAGACAGAGAAAGCCGACGUGCCGCGGGAGCCGCCCCCUGUGGCGCUCAAGCCAGACCCCACGAGUGGCAUGGCUGCUGCAGAAGCUGAGGCUGCUGUGUCGGAGAGUGCGGAGCAAGAAGUGGAGGUGGAGCCUGCCUGGAAAGGGGAAGAGGAGCAAGAGGAGGAGGUCAAGGAGGAGGGCCCCCAGCUGGAGAACGGAGAGGCCCCCGAGGAGAACGAGAACGAGGAGUCGGCAGGCACAGACUCCGGGCAGGAGCUUGGCACCGAGGCCCGGGGCCUGCGCCCAGGCACCUACGGCGACCGCACAGAAUCCAAGGCCUACGGCUCCGUCAUCCACAAGUGCGAGGACUGUGGGAAGGAGUUCACGCACACGGGGAACUUCAAGCGGCACAUCCGAAUCCACACGGGGGAGAAGCCCUUCUCGUGCCGGGAGUGCAGCAAGGCCUUCUCUGACCCGGCCGCGUGCAAGGCCCACGAGAAGACACACAGCCCCCUGAAGCCCUACGGCUGCGAGGAGUGUGGGAAGAGCUACCGGCUCAUCAGCCUGCUCAACCUGCACAAGAAGCGGCACUCGGGCGAGGCGCGCUACCGCUGCGAAGACUGCAGCAAGCUCUUCACCACCUCGGGCAACCUCAAGCGCCACCAGCUGGUGCACAGCGGCGAGAAGCCUUACCAGUGCGACUACUGCGGCCGCUCCUUCUCCGACCCCACCUCCAAGAUGCGCCACCUGGAGACCCACGACACGGACAAGGAGCACAAGUGCCCACACUGCGACAAGAAGUUCAACCAGGUGGGGAACCUGAAGGCCCACCUGAAGAUCCACAUCGCGGACGGGCCCCUCAAGUGCCGAGAGUGUGGAAAGCAGUUCACCACCUCAGGGAACCUGAAGCGGCACCUGCGGAUCCACAGCGGGGAGAAGCCCUACGUGUGCAUCCACUGCCAGCGGCAGUUCGCGGACCCCGGCGCCCUGCAGAGGCACGUCCGAAUCCACACGGGUGAGAAGCCGUGCCAGUGUGUGAUGUGUGGCAAGGCCUUCACCCAGGCCAGCUCCCUCAUCGCCCACGUGCGCCAGCACACCGGGGAGAAGCCUUACGUCUGUGAGCGCUGUGGCAAGAGGUUCGUCCAGUCCAGCCAGUUGGCCAAUCAUAUUCGCCACCACGACAACAUCCGCCCACACAAGUGCAGCGUGUGCAGCAAGGCCUUCGUGAACGUGGGGGACCUGUCCAAGCACAUCAUCAUCCACACGGGAGAGAAGCCUUACCUGUGUGAUAAGUGUGGGCGUGGCUUCAACCGGGUAGACAACCUGCGCUCCCACGUGAAGACCGUGCACCAGGGCAAGGCAGGCAUCAAGAUCCUGGAGCCCGAGGAGGGCAGUGAGGUCAGCGUGGUCACUGUGGAUGACAUGGUCACGCUGGCCACGGAGGCACUGGCGGCAACAGCCGUCACUCAGCUCACAGUGGUGCCAGUGGGAGCUGCAGUGACAGCCGAUGAGACGGAAGUCCUGAAGGCCGAGAUCAGCAAAGCUGUGAAGCAAGUACAGGAAGAAGACCCCAACACUCACAUCCUCUACGCCUGUGACUCCUGUGGGGACAAGUUCCUGGAUGCCAACAGUCUGGCUCAGCACGUGCGGAUCCAUACAGCACAGGCACUGGUCAUGUUCCAGACAGACGCGGACUUCUACCAGCAGUAUGGGCCAGGUGGCACAUGGCCUGCUGGGCAGGUGCUGCAGGCUGGGGAGCUGGUCUUCCGUCCUCGGGACGGGGCUGAGGGCCAGCCUGCACUGGCAGAGACCUCCCUUACAGCUCCUGAAUGUCCACCGCCUGCCGAGUGAGCUGGCGGCCCUUCUCUUGACUGUUUAUUUAAGGAUGGAUGGCACCCUGGAAGGGUGACCUGUUCCCUAGAGAGAAUAAAUUGGAUUAUUUUCUAA